CGGCGCUCGCGUCAAGCACCGAAAAGGCCCCUCAGGGACAAGGCAGAUGGCGAGAUGGGUGUCAAUAUUAAGGUGACACAAGCGGCGGCGGCGGCGGCCACGUAACCUGCGUAUUGUUGUGGGCGUAAGUGUGGUUGGUGCAUUGUGCGUUCCGCAGGAGAGCGCAGCGGCGCUGCUGCUGCGGAGUGAGGAAGUGUUUGCGGUAGCCAUGGAAGGGAAACCCGGCGACCAGCUGCUGUGCGACAGCCUCAUUCUCUGGUUGCAGACAUUUAAUACUGCUCAGUCCUGCAAAGAUGUUCAAGACUUAACUAAUGGUGUUGCCAUGGCACAAGUACUUCAUGAAAUCGAUGCUGCCUGGUUUGACAAACCUUGGCUGAAUCGUAUUAAAGAAGAUGUUGGUGACAACUGGAGAAUAAAGGCUAGCAAUUUGAAGAAAGUUCUUCAAGGAAUUAUGGACUAUUAUCAUGAGUUUUUGGGUCAGCAGAUUUCAGAGGAUCUCCUUCCUGAUUUAAGCCGGAUAUCUGAGCACUCUGACCCAGUAGAGCUGGGCAGGUUACUGCAGCUGAUUUUAGGUUGUGCAGUCAACUGUGAAAAAAAGCAAGAACAUAUUCAAGUUAUAAUGACAUUAGAGGAAUCUGUCCAGCACGUUGUCAUGGCAGCUAUUCAAGAGUUAAUGAGCAAAGAAAUAGUGGGCUUUGUAGCAAGUGACUUACCUGGGGAUCUUGAGCAACAGUUGAAAAGAGCUUUGGAAGAGCUUACUGAAGUAAUAGCAGAAAAAGAAGAACUAAAGCAGAGAUGUCAAGAAUUAGACCUGCAGGUGGCUGCUCUUCAGGAAGAAAAGAGCAGUUUGAUGUCUGAAAAUGAGAGCAUGAAUGACAGGUUGGACCAGCUGGAUGGCUCUCUGGAUGAUACAAAUACUGCUGUAGCAAAAAAGUAUUUCCAGGCACAGUUGCAGCUAGAACAGCUUCAAGAAGAAAAUUUCAGGCUUGAAGCUGCAAAAGAUGAUUAUCGUGUUCACUGUGAAGAGCUUGAGAAACAACUAAUAGAACUUCAGCAUCGAAAUGAUGAGUUGACAUCUCUGGCUGAAGAAUCUAGGGCCCUAAAAGAUGAAAUUGAUGUUCUUAGGACAAUUGCUGACAAGGCAAAUAAACUGGAAUCAACUGUUGAGGUGUAUCGUAAAAAACUGGAGGACCUGAAUGACUUCCGCAGGCAGGUGAAAUCUCUUCAGGAAACAAACAUGAUGUACAUGCAUAAUACAGUUAGCCUAGAGGAAGAGUUAAAGAAAGCAAAUGCAGCCCGCGCACAGCUAGAAUCCUACAAAAGGCAGGUCCAAGAGCUUCAUAACAAACUCUCUGAAGAAUCCAAAAGAGCUGAUACACUGGCAUUUGAACAGAAGCGACUAGAAGAAAAGCAUGAAGCUUUACUUAAGGAGAAGGAAAGAUUGAUAAUACAGCGUGAUGCACUGAAAGAGACAAAUGAAGAGCUCAGGUGUUCACAAAUGCAACAGGAUCAUCUGAACCAAACAGAUAUACCUUUGGUGAAAAGUCAUGAAAAUCUUGCUGCAGAAAUUUUGCCUGUGGAAUAUAGAGAAAUGUUCAUUCGACUACAGCAUGAAAACAAGAUGCUCCACUUGCAACAAGAAGGGUCCGAAAAUGAGCGCAUUAUGGAGCUUCAAGAGAAGCUAGAAAAAAAGCAUCGGACAAUAAAUGAAUUAGAGACGGAAAACAGACUGAGCAAGGAGCGUGUUGAUGAGCUGCAACAGCAAAUUGAGGACCUCCAGAAGACCUUGCAGGAUCAAGAGUCUAGGACAGAAGGAGAUGGGUCCAGCAAGUUGAAGCAGAAAAUAGCAGCACAUAUGGAGAAGUUAAGUGAAGUGCAUGAUGAGCUUCAGAAAAAAGAGGCUCUUCUUGCGGACCUCCAGCCAGAUCUGAAUCAAAAUGCACAAAGGAUUGAGGAACUGGAGACAGCUUUACGUAAGAAAGAUGAAGAUAUGAGGUCAAUGGAAGAGAGAUACAAGAUGUAUUUGGAAAAAGCAAGAAGUGUGAUAAAAACAUUAGAUCCCAAAUUAAAUCCAGCAUCUGCUGAAAUCAUGUUGCUCAGAAAGCAGUUGGCUGAGAAAGAUAAAAGAAUUGAAGCGCUUGAGGGUGAAUGCAAACUGGCCAAGCUCCAUGACCAUGAAGAAAAGCUAAUUGUGUCUGCCUGGUAUAACAAGAGUUUAGCAUUUCAUAAACUAGGCAUGGAAUCCAGACUCAUAAGUGCAAGCACUGCCUACAAAGAUCCUGGUUCUGGGCACCCUACGCGCUCCUUCCUGGCACAACAACGGCAUGUGAGCAACACACGGAGAAAUCUGUCAGUUAAAGUACCUCCUGCAACCUCAGAUUAAACUGCAGGGGAUAUUCAUGCACUCAAGUGUCCUUAACUUAUUUUUUAUGUCUGUUUUAAACUCCCUGACAAGGUAUAAGAUUGUGAUGCUGGGCAUCAGAUAUUUUACUUGCAAGAACCAUAGGCUGGUAAAUUUAAUUUGGUCAGCUAUCUGUAAGAAGCAAUGCAGAGCUAAUAACUUUUCCUAGAUUUGAAGUGGAUUUGAGGUGUAUAUUGAUAAGCACAACUCCUCAAGUAUCUAUAUUUGUCUUCACUAUGUGUUUUGUGUAAAAAUACCAAAAUUGGGAUUGUAUUUAAAAUUUCAUGUAAUGUUUUCAAUCAACAGUGAUUACUGAUUUUAAUGGGAGUCAGUUUCGUUAUUGGUGUCUCAUCAAACAAAGUAUUUUCCUUUUCUGUCCCCAGGGUUAUCUUUAAAUUUAUAUAUAUAAUGUGGUCCAUUCUCGGCGAGAUGCAGUGUGUUCAGGAGUAGCACAGGGAAAGGAGAGCUCUGGCACAUGCUGCUUUGAAGGCUGCAUGCAGAUGUUAUAGGCACGGUGUAUCUGGAUCUUACCGUACUGUGACUAGAGACUGGAUUGUGCCAUAAAAUUAGCCACCUGAUGGCAUGAAAAUACUUAUAUAGUAGGGGGUGGCCCUAUUAGUCUGCUGCAGCACAAAAGUUAGAGUCUCUUGGAACCUUGAAGAUGGAAAUAUUUUAUCUAGCAUAAAUGCAGAAGUGAGCUGGAGGCCACAGAAACUUACACCAAAUAGAACAUUUUAUUCUUUCCAAGACCACAAGAUUCUACUGUUUAUACUUAAGGUGGUUACUGUUUUGUGUUUGUACUUCCAGAUUAACAAUGUUCUAAGAUGCCCCAUAGUAACUACUAAGCAGCUCUUUAAAGCCUUUUCAAAUGCUUUUUACAUGCAUAUAUAAUGAAGAUAGUGAUAGAGAACAAAAUAAGCAGGAAAGAACAUUACAGAUCUUUGCAUUCUGUCUGAUAGAAGGCACUACAGCACCGUUUCAAAUCAACGGUCAAUAUUGUUCAGUCUGUUAGGGUAUGAUAAUCCCAAACACAAAAACUGAGUGUGAGUGCAUGUUCAUUGGCUGAAAAAUGCAUGCUUUCCAGGUGGACUUAGUGCUUAAAAAAAACAUAGAACUUCACACGUCCAAAGUGAACUAUAUAGAAUUUACCUUUUUAAAAUAUUUGCAAAUGAAAUAUGAUGAUGCAAUGGUAAACUUUUAUUGCAGAUAAUUUACACACCACAAAGUGUAGAGUUGUGAGGCUUUACGUUUUUUGUAACAAUGGCUGAAACUCUGUUGCUUGACAUAGUAAGUGGCAGCUAGAUUAGGCCCAUUAAAUUAGUAGGGAUUUGGUGAGUCAACUCCAUACAUUUUCUUGACUGAAGCAGGCCAAAGUGUUGUGAUCUACUGUGUAAAAUACCAUGAUGUCUGCCAUUCUGAAGCUAUAGAUUCCCCUCCCCCCGGUCCCAUUUUAUCAAAACUGACCAAAAAUCUGGUGCAUGCAAACUGCAGUAUUAUAUCCUUUUGUGUAGAGGUUUAAAACUGUAAGUCUUCAUUAUUGUUUUUUAAAAUGUAACACUAUUUCUGGACAGUGCAAUCU